ACCCUGCAAUUGUUUAACAUUGAAGAGCAGGCAGUCCAAGCUGCGGGUGUUACCAAGCUUUUAAAUUCACCUCUUCUUGUCUUUGCAGUUCCUUGUUACCUGUCUGCAUGCUCCCAUGACAGGAUAUGGGAACUUGCAGAACCCAAGAAAGCAGCUUGUGCAAAUGACCUCAGGCUUGUUUGGGGAAAGCAAGAGACGAUAUGGACCACUUCACGGCGUGCUAUGACAGCUAGACCAUCCGCAAGGAUACUGGAAUUGGCCAAGCCCAAGCAAGAUUUUGGCAAGAACCCGUACAGGCCCCUCUGCUUGUAUGGCCGUGGACGGGAAUCAACAAUCUGGGAGCAUCCCUCACCAGUGGAUUUUCGCUUCCCUUCUGAUCGGCUGAUGAAGUUGGCUGAACCUAAACAAUACCAGGCUGCUUACCUGCUGCAAAGACCUCGCACGUCCCCUGAAUGGCCUGUGUCACCGGCGGCACUGAGCUGUAAGGCCUCCCCACGGAUUUUGGAGCUUGCCCAGCCGAAGGUGCUACACCCAGAGUUCCUGCCGGCCAAAAAGGUGCCAACACAGGUUACAAAUGCUGCAGCCUUGGCCAGAGCAUCCUCACGGAUACAGCAGCUGGCAGAGCCCUGGGUCAAGAAGGUGACCUGCUGCUAUGAGUACGGCCCUUUUGAAUCUGCCAUUCGCCCGGUUUCCAAGUUUGCUCAGGAGGCAGUUGCUAGCCCUCGAACCCUGGAGCUGGCUAUGGCAAAAAGAUUGCAUCCUGAUUAUAUGCCUAUGCGGGAUGCUGCAUGGUCAGUGACAAAGGCUGCAAAGCAGGCAGUGGCUACACCAAGGUUUGUGGAACUGGCCCAGCCUUGCAAAAGGCUUCCUAUGAACUUGACUCAAUUCAACCCAAAUGCCUUUGCUGUGAAGGAGUCUGCUAAGAAGGCAAUUUGUUCUGCUCGGAUCAAGGAACUGGCUUGUCCGAUUAAGCGCUGAGCUCCCUCAGAAGCACAGCCCUCUGCUCGUGCCAGGUGUCCCUCUUGGAACAUCACUCUGUUCAGGCUGUGCUGAGACUGGAAAACCUACUUGAACACAGCAGCACCCACCAAGAACACUUCUUACGAGCUGCCACUUUUACUGGGCUAAUCUGGGGAGUUAAAUAAAACAGUCAUUCCAUAAGCACAAAAAUAGUGACCAGGGGAAAAAAGCAGGAUUUGACCUAAUGUGGGAAGCCUUUCUCCCUAGGAUGAAUUAUGUCUGGAUUUUAUAUCUCUUCUUAUUUUUUAGCUCUAAUAGUUAAAGAAGUGAUGAAACAACUGCUGGGGGAAGCCAGCACAGUAACUGUUUUUUCACAUCAUAAGUAAGUGUGGCAAACCACAGCCAACGGCACGCAGCACGUUGAUGCAGUGCAACUCCUGACCUUGGGGUUUUUAAAACUUUUGCUAAAGUUUAGAGAUCUUCUCAGUGACACUCAAAGUUUUGUGGUUGUGACAGAAAUAGAAACACAAAAGGCUGCAAAAUUCCAGAUCCAGGGCUGGAUUUGAUAAGGCAUGCAGCUUUAGUACAGACUUCGGAAAUGCUGGGGUGGAAUGUACCUUGAGUUGGCUUGAGUUUGGGGCCCCUUCUCUCAAAUGCCUGGAGAAUGGUCAGAGAAUGGGCAAGCAGCCUUUUGCUUUGCAUGCAUCUUUGGUACAAGUUACACAGGUGGGUUAUAUGUCUGCGGUUCAGAUACUUGGUUGUGUAACCCUAGGCAGAAUAAUGGAGGGACAAAAGUUAUAAAACAAAGCAUGUGGCAGUUUCACUGGCAGUGUAUCUUGAUCUUCCCUGUGUUAAGCCGAUUCUCCUUCCAAAGGAAUAGAGGCAGGUCACCACAAACCACAAGAGGAUUAUUCAGAGGAUCCAGUAAUUGAUUCAAUAAUCCACUAAGCAGAGGAUUUUUGAACCCUUUUGAACAAGGUAAGGUCACUGAGCAACUGCGCUGGUUAUUUUUUAUCCCAUACAUUGUCCUGUACCAGGUCAAUGUACCAGAGUUUGGGUUCUCUGCAAAAGCCUGAGUGCAACUGCAUCCCUUAAGCUUUAAAAUGGCCAGAUGGAGGGUGAAGUCUGAUGCCCCCACCCGUGGGGGAAUCCCAGUGCUACCAGCCUCUGCCACCUCAGGGAUGAGGCUGUGUGGGCUGCCAUGGGUGGACCCAUGGAGGUUGCCCAUGUCGGUGUGCUAUCCCUGUGGCAAGAGGGAUACCCCACAAUGCCCACUGAGGCUGUCUUUAGAGAAAUGUUGCUCUCCCAGAGGAAGAAGUCUGUCUCCUGCCAUCGGGGCAAGGAGCACAAGCAGGGACGUAACACAGCUCCUCUCAUCAAAAAACUCUGUUUUUUUUAUUAAUGCAUUGGAAAAAAACACCCAAAAAACCAAAAUGCCAAUUCUUUCCCUUUGAUGACCUUUAACAGCAGUGUGAGAAAUACAUUCAAGAGAGGCUUGCCUUGGUCUGAUGACUGUGUAGGUACUCAGUUUGCUGAUAUCCAGAGCUGACUCAGCAUCUUGAGCUAACUAAGAUCAUCUGAGCAACACAUCUGUUUUCCAGGUGCCCCCCUCUCUGGAUGGUGUGCAUAUUAAAGCUAGAAUGUAUACUUUGCCUUUGGGGAGCAUAAGCAAAAUAAAUCUUUCCCACCCCUUCUAUGUUUGAACCUUUCAUGGCAGCUUUUCUGUAAGCCUGGCACAAGGGCAUUAUUAAUGGGUGGGAAUCACUAGAUAGGUUAUGCAGCCAUCGGAAGCUGUAUACACACACAUAUAUAUAAUACUUUUUCCUGGUUAUGUACACUUUAAAUAAAACUUAUGUUAAAUAGCAGGGUAUUACUUUGUAUCUCAAAACCUAUUGCAACAGAAGAACUCCAAGGAAACCCACUCUGAAGAGCUUCACCAUCAUUAUCAGCAGCCUUGGGGGUUGGAGCAGCGUCCUCUAGUCCCUGACAGAUCCGCUUUGUGAGGGCAGCCCUUCAGACUUCCUCCACUCUGCCAGGCGCUGCUUGAACCAUUUCUGGAGGAAAGAAAAGAGAAAGAGAUUGAGUGCACUGGGCUGAGUGAACCUCUAAAUAACCUUGCUAAAGGUGCAGAUGUGGUCAGUACAUGGGACCAGGUGAGGGAAACUCAUGGUUCUGCUAUCUGAAGCAAGGUGCUGCACUGUUUCUAGGCAGUACAGGCAUCAAGAGAGCUGCUUCUGACUGAAUGAAUGGUCUUGUUACUGGUGUGUUCACUGCUUUCAAACUCAUUUCUCUUGCUCACUUCAGACCUUGACAGCAUGGGUAAGUUCUUGUUUUAUUUCUGUGAGUCCAAGUUUUUCUUGCAAACAGAGUAAGAAAUUGGCUAAGGAGCUGCUGGAUGGCAUCUGCUUAAAUGGCUGGAGCAAUGAAACAAUCACUGCAGGUCCAAAACAGACAGGAAUCACAAGCUGACCUGUGUCAGAAAGGAUGACAGGGACAAUGCAGUGGCUCUCAGCAAAUUUAAGAUCAAAUAAAUUUAAAAAAUGGGUUACUGUGAUCUUAGUCUUCAAGCAAUGUGCAUGGCUAUCUUACUGUGCAGUAGCUUAGCAUCCCUAGGCCAACUCCCAGAGCUGCUGACGCCACUUGAACACAGCUGCAAUUUUGAAUGUUAGCUAAAAUGCAGCUGGAUAAAGCCACGCUACCUGCGUAAGAAGAGAGAGAUAACUCAUGUCCCGGAAGCACAGCUCAGCCUUUUGUUUGGGAAUGCGCCUGUGAUUUGCUUUGUUGCUGUUCACUCUGUUGCUAUAUUUGUUCAUGGCUAUUUCUGAAGCUAUUGUGGUUCGUAAUGACACAACCACGAUGCUCUCUACAAAGUGGCUCUUGCACCAGCACUGCCUUGGACUGCAUCCAGUCAGAUGAUUGCUUGCCUCGCCUCCUCCCAAAAAUUUCACUUCCUGCCCUCAACCAUCAUCUCCCGUUGACUCACCACCUCUUUGCAUCUCAUUUUUACUGAUUUUUUUAUUAAAAUGGCUGCUAUAUCUAGCCAAUAAAGCACUCCAGAUGACAA